CUUUUUCUGUGAUCAAAACGGAGCAUCAGCAGUACUCUGGUUGGACAGGGGAAGAUGAUGAUGGCCUUAUCCAUUGCUGCUGCUGUUGCCUCCCCAGCUCAUCAUCCAAAGCAAACUCUAAAACCCCUUAAACCCCUUAAGCCCAUACUUGGUCUUCCACUUCGCAUAAGUAGCCGGCUCUCAGUUCCCAAGCUUCAUCUUUCCGACCACCCCUUUGUCCCUGAGGUUGAAAGAGCAGUGGAUUCGUUGCACUCGGAGUUCAGAGCUGUGGAUAAUCUGGUGGCCCGCAAUACUGCUCGUGUUCUCAAGGCUUUUCAAAAUGUCCGGGUCGGAUCUCAUCACUUUAGUAGUAGCACUGGCUAUGGACAUGAAGAAGCUGGAGGACGUGAAGCCCUUGACCAAGUUUUUGCAGAAAUUUUCGGUGCUGAAUCUGCCAUUGUUCGAGCACAGUUUUUCUCAGGUACCCAUGCCAUUACUUGUGCUUUGUUUGCCUUCCUGAGGCCUGGGGAUGAGCUUCUAGCAGUUGCCGGUGCUCCUUAUGAUACAUUAGAAGAAGUUAUUGGAAUCAGGGACUCUCAUGGAGUGGGCUCUUUGAAAGAUUUUGGAAUAGAGUAUAGAGAAGUCCCACUUAAGGAGGAUGGCAGCCUUGAUUGGGAUGCACUUAAGCUUGCUGUAAAAUCGAAGACUAAAUGUGCACUCAUUCAGAGGUCGUGUGGUUACUUAUGGCGUCACAGUUUGAGUGUUACUGAGAUAGGAAGGGCCAUAGACAUUAUCAAGGUGCAGAACCCUAACUGUUUGGUCAUGGUUGAUAAUUGCUAUGGUGAAUUUGUGGAGAAUAUUGAACCUCCUAUGGUUGGUGCAGAUCUAAUUGCUGGGAGUUUGAUAAAAAAUCCUGGUGGAACAAUCGCUCCUUGUGGUGGUUAUGUUGCUGGUAAGAAGAAAUGGGUGGAAGCAGCAGCAGCUCGUCUCUCAGCUCCAGGACUUGGUGUUGAUUGUGGUUCAACACCUGGUGAUAUAAUGCGAACUUUUUUUCAGGGUUUAUAUCUUUCACCUCAAAUGGUUGGGGAAGCAGUUAAGGGAAGCUUUUUGAUUGCUGAAGUCAUGACAGAUAAAGGAUACAGGGUGCAGCCUCUUUCUCGGAUUCCACGUCAUGAUACUGUGCAGGCUGUGCAACUUGGAAGCCGUGAACUUCUGCUUGCUUUCUGUGAAGCUGUGCAAAGAAGCUCUCCAGUAGGUUCCUUCACUCGGCCAGUUGCAGGAGCAACUCCCGGCUAUGCGUCGGAGGUGAUUUUUGCUGAUGGGACGUUCGUUGAUGGGAGCACAAGUGAACUCUCAUGCGAUGGGCCAUUACGGGAGCCCUUCUGUGUUUUUUGUCAGGGUGGCACUCAUUGGACACAAUGGGGACUAGUUUUAGGGGAAGUUUUAAAACUUUUGUGAUAGAGAGUUGGAAUAAUUAAGAAGGGUGCUUUGAAGCAUGAUCACGACAUAUUGGUAUACCACAUGAGGUUAUAAGUGGCCAUGAAAUGACAGCCAGCCUAAAAAGGACUGUUCAUUUGCUGUUAUGACGUGAUCUUACAAUCAGCUGGAAUAAGGUAACGGACCUAAUGAAUAAUUUUCUGCCGUGCAAUACUCUAAAACAUGAUUCAUGAUCGUUUUAAUCAUCUAAAUUUUGGGCUUGACCUUUCUAUAUGUCUUAGGCUCUACCGGUGGGAGAACCAUAAACUUGGUCGGAGUCUUUUGAGUAUAUUGGCAGAGGCAGGAAAAUAGUGGUUAUCUGAUUGUUCUUUAGCUACCAAUUUUGAAAAGUUGUUUCCCUGUCUUUAGCUCUUAGCCCAGCUUUAUGCUGGUUUUGGGUGGCAACAUUAUAGGGUAACCAUGACCUUAGAUGUUACAUGAUAAACAUGAUUGCUUCCCUGUUAUAUCUGGUAACAAGAGGGAAUAAGUGUUGAUUCUGGCAUAAAGCCUGUUUCUCUCUUUUGGUAUUAAGAAAGAAGCCAAUUAAACAGGUUCGUGUACCCUUAAUAUGGUAAUAGUACUUGAGAACAGAGACGGGAAUAAUAGUUCAUGGAGGAAAGUUUUAAUUUUAAGCAGUGUGAUGGAAAGGGAUAUGGAUGUUGGAUCCAUUUGGCAUCUUCUUUGACUGUUUGUGCAUGUAAUAGUUAUUGUUUGAUUCGUUUCUGGUUAAAAUUGUCAGGGUUGUGGCUGCUUCAUGAAGCAACAAAAUGUUCAAGAGAUAUUCAUAUCUCAGGUGGUGGAUAAUUACAAUCUGGCAGUCUCUAUUUUCUUCUCCACCUCCCCAAAACCCCCUCCUUUCUUGAUAUUUUUCUGCAGCAUAUGCUCAAUUUUGUCUCCACACAUUCUUCUAGAAACUUGUCUCUCUCUUUUUUUUUUUUAAAGAUAUAUAUUCUCCUAGAAAUGUUAAUGUGUCGGCAGCAAAAUUUUUUAGCAAAUUAUAAUGCAGGAGAUUUGGGGUAUCCCAAUUUUGUUUCAACAUGAAAAAAUCUCCCUUCUGGUUUCAA